UAAAGGAUGUUUAGGCAUUGGAUGGAAGGAAAGAAAGAAGGAGAUGCAUGGCAUUGGCCUAUUGAGAGUGAAGGAACAUGGUUUCCCACAAUAAGCCUUACACUGUAGCCACCCUCUUCUUCCUCGCAUUGUUCCUUAUCUCCAUCUUCUUCUUCUUCUCCACCAGAACAACUCUUCACCCCGCUCCCUCCAUCCACUCAGAUCUCUACAUCCACCUCCAGCCACUUUCUCCGCCUCCGCCCCUCCAACCUCUUUCUCCGCCUCCUCCUCCUUUUCCGUCCCCACACUCCUCCUCCGCCACCACUGAAACCCAACCUGAGCCUGUUGGUGACAUUGAGGAUGUCGCGGACAAUGCCACCGACGCCGAAUCUGAUGCCCAGCCUGUAACGGAGAAUAUCGCCGAGGACGUAGCGUUGAGUUUGAAGGAGUGCGAUUUGUUCACGGGAACGUGGGUGAAGGAUGAAAGUUACCCGAUUUACCAACCGGGUUCUUGCCCUUACGUGGACGAGGCUUACGAUUGCAAAGUUAACGGAAGAACCGACACUCUCUACUCCAAUUGGCGCUGGAAACCUGAUGCCUGUGAUCUUCCCAGGUUUAAUGCCACAGACUUCUUGGUGAGACUGAAAGGUAAAAGACUAAUGCUGGUUGGAGAUUCGAUGAACCGGAACCAAUUUGAGUCCAUCCUGUGCCUACUACGUGAAGGCCUGCACAAUAAGAGCAGAAUGUAUGAGGUACACGGACACAAAAUAACAAAAGGAAGAGGCUACUUUGUUUUUAAAUUUGAGGACUAUAAUUGCACAGUGCUAUUUGUGAGAUCUCAUUUCCUUGUGAGGGAAGGAGUUCGUCUUAAUGGACAAGGGAGAUCAAAUCCUACAUUGUCAAUAGAUCGGAUUGACAAGACAUCUGGUCGUUGGAAGAAGGCUGAUAUUCUUGUCUUCAAUACUGGACACUGGUGGACUCAUGGAAAAACUGCUCGAGGGAUAAACUACUAUAAAGAAGGUGAUUAUCUAUAUCCAAAAUUUGAUGCAGUUGAGGCAUACAGAAAGGCUAUAAAGACCUGGGGAAAAUGGAUCGAUGAUAAUAUCAAUCCACGAAAACAGAUUGUCUACUAUCGUGGAUAUUCUAAUGCCCAUUUCAGAGGUGGGGACUGGGACUCAGGUGGGUCAUGCUACGGUGAAACUGAACCAGCUUUUAAUGGCUCUAUCCUGAAUGACUAUCCUUUGAAAAUGAAGGUAGUAGAGGAAGUGAUCCGGGGAAUGAAGGUUCCCGUAAAGUUAUUAAAUGUCACAAAGCUGACCAAUUUCCGCAAGGAUGGGCACCCAUCUGUCUUUGGCAAGAAUACAAUGGGUGGAAGGAAAGUCUCUACAAGGAAGCAGGAUUGCAGCCAUUGGUGUCUUCCUGGGGUCCCUGAUGCAUGGAAUGAGCUAAUUUAUGCCACUCUUGUUUUUCAACAAACAAAUUCAAGGAAUUGACUUACACAAGUUCCUUCUUUCCAGGACUUUACCUUUUCCGCGGCAAAGAAGGGGAAAACAAAACCUCUGGGGCCUUGGCUUACAUUAAGGUGAUUGAGAACAAUGAAAAGUGUUUUUGCCCGUGGUACCCCUUUGGGUAUUAUCGUGAGAUUAGUUAUUCGGGUAACAUGGAAAAGUGUACUUCAUUGCACAUAAUCAAGUGAAAAGUUAGUAUAAAAAUUAGUGAUGCUAUUUGUUCAUUGCUAAAAUAUACAGUAUUUUAAUGAGGUUAAUCUUUCGGGUAUUACUCUAAGAUGUAUUUAUUACAUAUAAUCAAACUCAACAUAGGAAAUAGUAUUGUUAAUUUUGCACUGUUAA